GGAUGUGGGAAACAGAGUGGGAUCUGCAGCAGCAGGAACGGAUCAGAUAGCAGAUCUACCGAGAAAGUGUGAGACUGUCGGCCGCACAUGACUCUAAAAUAAGCUUUGAGGAAUUGAUUUUUUGAUUGGAUCGGACCCUUCAGGCCACGUGAGACCCACACACAUUUAAUUUGGAAAGCUGUGAUCAGGCUGAAGGGUCCAAAUUCAGAGCUUUUCGAACCCUGAUCAGCCGGAGAUCAAUCGAGCUCGAAGUCUGGAGGAUCUGACUCUAAUGUUCUCCUUAAUGAGAAGGAAGGAGACGCGCUGAAACUCAGAGGCGUAGACAUGAUGAUGGUUCGCCGUGGACUUUUCUACCUCAGGAGAGAAAAGAGGUCCAACCCGUGAGAGAGGAGGAGAAAUACAGGAGGAACAAGGAGGAGAAACAUGCAGCAGUUCGGCUAAAAAAAGAGGAGAAUCUUCAACGUUCAUCAGGUGAGUGUUUGUAAAGACGACGAGAUAAUCCUGCAGCUGUUAAUCCCUGCAGAUUAAUGGGAGUUUAAUUUUACAGACAGACUUAUUUCUGUCUCUUCGGAGAGUCGGGGAACAAAAUAUUCAAUAUUCAUAUCUUUAGAUCAUCAGUCAGAGAAAAACACUCAGAGGAACACGAACAGAUGAAGACUUGAUAUCAGGGAUGAAUGUGAGGUUUAAGGUUCGAUCAAUCAGGGCUAAAAGUUUAAUUAUUAAUCAUUUAUGACUCAGUUUGUCUUCUGCUCACUUCUCUGUGAGGAAGAAAAAUAAAACUUUAGAUUUCCUCGAAGGGAAAUUCAUGUUUAUAAAUUCAUGUUCAGCGUUUCGUAAGUUGAUAAAAGAAGAUGAAUGGAUGAGGUUCAGGUCUGUGUUUGUUUUAAAGACAGGGAGGAUCCGUCUCGGUCUGAAGGGGUCGACACCCAAACACAAACCCAACAGAUGAUCAUAGUCAGAGUCACCUCGUCCAGCAAUGGUGAGACAGCGUCAUGUUUUAUUAGUCCCUCCAGAGUCGGUGAGAUUAUCCUGUAAAAUAAAACCGACAGUUAGACGUCGACAAAACGACGACAAAACGACGACAAAACGACAACAUCUCUAAAUAAAAACUAAAGAAAUGAAAAUCUCUCUUCAGCUCCUGUGAGGAGUUUUUAUCUGUUUCAUGACUCAAACCAACCAGACCGUCAGAGAGGAAGAAGAGGAGAGACGAUGAUGAUGAUGAUGAUGAUGAUGAUGAUUUCAAUAAAGCUAUUUUUACCGAGUCUUCCUGCUGUCAGCUGUGAUGAGCAGCUCGCCGCAGAAACACGCUCGCUGUAAAGAUUCACAGUCAGCGAUAUUUUUAACUGCGACAGACAGCAGGAGGAGAUCUUCAUCACCUACACAUGAAGACCACCAGACCAGCAGAAAAGAGAGUGUCCACAGGGGGCGCCAAAACCAACACUGAGAUGUUUGAUAUGAACGUUUCUACAGGAGCUCAGAAAGGACAAACUAGAGACGUUUGUGUUUUUGUAUUUAGAGCGUGUCUGUUAGAGUUGUUCUGUGUUUUAGACGGGAUCAGGCCUCAUAGAAGCUUUUUGUCCUUUAAGGCCACCGUAGGCCAGAUAGCAGGAGGAGUCAGCAGGGGAGACUGUCGCUACCUGACCCGUCACAGCGACUCUGUGAAUGCGUACAACUCUACUGCGCAACUUUGGUUUCAGGAAGUGGAGAAAAUCGUGGAAAUACAGAGAGGGGGAGGAGCCAAGCUGUCCGUAGUUUAUACAGUCUAUGACCUGAACGGAUUUAAACAAAUAGAUCUGAUCAAUAGCUCUCUCUCUCUCUCAUUUUUAAUAACUCUAGUCUAAUAGCUCUUGACGGUGACGUGUUUCUGUACGGCGGCGGUCUCGAUCCUCUUCAGCUCGUAUUAUUUUCCAGUCCAGCCUCCGGAGAGACUCACAGCCUCGACUCUCUGCCAGCUGGAGGAAACAGAAGAUACGUCACAUAAAACGGCAGGGCUAUUUCUGUCCCUGUUGACCAGAGAACAUGUAUUGUAUAAACUCUAUAAUAGAAUCACAGACGUGUAUGUAGAUGUAGUUCAUGUGUUCAUCAGUAGAUGUUAAUAUCAGGUUUUAACAUAAGAACACAUUUUCAGAUCCUCCUCUUCUGUUUGUCAUCGACUUUAAACCGUCUGGAAACUUUAAUGUGAUCAUCGCUGAGAUUCGAUCAAACUGAGAGAAAAAAAUCAAAAAAAUAAAAUAAAACCAGCAGAAAAAAUCGGAUUAAAAAGCCUCAGUGUGGUCUGGGAGGAAGGACUCUGCACAGCAGGAAGUGAAGCUGAUAACAAUGACUCAUCGUUUUACGAGGGGGGUUCGAAGGCUGCGGUAAUGGUCAGGAGCUGUUGGGGGUCAGUUCUGGACAAACGGAGAAUCUUCUCUGAAGUUUCUGUCUGAGAUCGUUUGGAUUUCCUGUCAGGGGUCCUGGAGGUUUAGGUGGUCCUGUAACACGAGUGAAGAGUCUCACCAUCUGACACUUCCUACCGGAUCUGUUUGUGAGGCGAAUUUCGUGGUGGAUUACAGACAGCAGGAAUCUCGAGAACUCACUUGUUCGUCUCCGCCCGUUUGCAUGGUGUGAAAUACGAUCCUCCUGUUUUAUUUUGAAAAGAAGCCGGAUGUUUUAUUUUGUGUCUGUGCCCGACUUCCUUUCCAGCACGGGUUAAUCUGUGCUGAAUUUAUCCGCCAUGCUGCGGCGUCCAGAAAAAAUAGAACUCUUGAUCAGCUGUGGAGUCCGGCGAUCCGCAGAGGAACGGAAAGAAGUCGGUGUAAAUUGACACGUUAACUUGAAUGGUUACGAUCAGCUACGAUCGGAGGAUACGACCUUUUAGGAGACGAUCAGGAUGAAGGUGGAGGUCGGGGGUUAAAACCGCCUGUUUUCCUCUCCUCCAUCAGUUCAUUGAUGAAUUCUCCUCGUUAAGUUUGUCCCUUCCUCCGUCUUUAGAUCGAUCAUGACUCUUUAUCCGUUCUUCAAAUAACCCUGUGUGUUUUUUCGUCUAAAGGUAGAUGGACGUGUCUCCAGUCUGGACGUGGUUUCACUGACCUCGUCUUGUUCUUGGUGUGAUAUUUGAAGUUGAAGUUCCUCUGAUGGUUUUUCUCUCUCCCUCCUCCAGGACUCGUCUCCUGGGCCCGUUCUCGCCGACACAGACUUCGUUUCCCAUGAGCCUGGUCACUUCUGUAUGAGCCGGGCUGUGUGAGGCCACGUGGCUCCGCCCCUCUAAGGCAUGAGUGUGGGAAGGGCCCAUCACCACCACCACAGCUUCCUGUCCUGCGAAGACGAAGGUCUGAGACUCAGCACCAUGCCAGCGGUCGGCAGCUUCGGCAACGGGAAGAUUCACACCAGACGCAAAUAUCGAAGCCGCUUCGUCGCCAAGAGCGGCCAGUGCAAUGUCCGUUUCUCGAACAUGGACGAGAAGUCGCAGCGCUACAUCUCGGACAUCUUCACCACGUGUGUGGACAUCCGCUGGCGAUACAUGUUCCUGAUGUUCAGCCUGGCGUUUGUGGUGUCCUGGCUCACCUUUGGCUUUGCAUUCUGGGUAAUAGGGCUUCUUCAUGGCGACAUGGACCAUCCGGGAGGGGAUGACAGUUUUGUUCCUUGCGUCACGCAGGUCAACACCUUCGUGGCCGCUUUCCUGUUCUCCGUGGAGACCCAGACCACCAUCGGAUAUGGAGCGCGCUUUGUGACGGAGGAAUGCCCGGCGGCGGUCUUCAUGGUGGUCUUUCAGUCCAUCAUGGGGUGCAUCAUCGACGCCUUCAUGAUCGGCGCUAUCAUGGCCAAAAUGGCGAGGCCCAAAAAGCGUGCAGAGACCCUGCUGUUCAGCCACAACGCCGUCAUCGCUCUGCGAGACGGGAAACUCUGCCUCAUGUUCAGAGUCGCUAAUUUAAGGAAGAGCCACAUCGUGGAGGCUCAUGUCCGCGCUCAGCUGGUCAAGUCCCGGUUCACGGAGGAGGGCGAAUACAUCCCGCUGGACCAGAUCGACAUGAACGUGGGCUACGACAAAGGCACGGACCGCCUGUUCCUGGUGGCGCCCCUCACCGUCAUCCAUGAGAUCGACGAGGACAGCCCGCUGUUCGGCAUCAGUAAACAAGACCUGGAAACAUCGGACUUUGAGAUCGUGAUCAUACUUGAAGGUCUGGUGGAGGCCACCGCCAUGACGACGCAGGCUCGCAGCUCGUACCUGUCCUCGGAGAUCCUGUGGGGUCACCGCUUUGAGCCCGUCAUCUUCGAGGAGAAGAGCCAGUACAGGGUCGACUACGCCUACUUUCACAAAACCUUCGAGGUACCGUCCACGCCCAGGUGCAGCGCCAAAGACAUGGAGGAGAGAAAGUUCCCAACGAGCGGAGCGAACUCCUUCUGCUACGAGAACGAGUUGGCCUUCAUCAGCCGGGACGAGGAGGAGGAGGACGGGGAGGGCGAGCAGAAGGACAGGAAGUGUUCAUCAGAUCUGGUGAGCGAUCAGGCCGCUCCUGGACGUGGUCAGAUGUCCUCGCCGAAAGAGUCCGCGAUUUAACCUUUAGUUUCUGUGUUUUGUUUCAGUGAGACAUCGUGGGAAGUUUCCUUUGACUGUCAAUCUUCUGACACGAGGACGCCACCAAAGAGAUUUCUCCAAGACGUGGAGAAACUCGAGUCUUUUCUACGUCCAUCAGCAGUCCCUUAUUUAUUCGCUUUAAGUCGCGGCUCAAUGCAGGACGUCCGUUUCCGUCUCAAAGGGGUCCUCAGGCCAGAUGGGAGAACUUCUCCUUCCGGCCAGCUCAGGUCGUCCUCCUUGUUGGGUGUGUCUGGAAAAUCUCCAAAAGGAGGCGUCAGGAGGAUCUUAAUCAGACACCUUCAAUCGUCUCUUUUAAAGCACAGAAGUCAAACUCUGAGGUUCCUCAUCGGGUCGACUUUCUGCGUCCCUCAGAUGAACGGACGAGUCUCCACCUGCAGUAGAUCUUCACGUGCAUGGCAAUAGCAAAGUUUUGUAUGAAUAUUUUGAGAAACCUGAUCGUAGUUUCGCUGAGAUUAUUUGUGGGUUCACAGUUUGAACCCGAGUCUGGAGUCUGAAAAUGAACCUGCGAAUAUUUCUCCAGGUGUCUGUGGUGAGAACAGAGCUUCAGGUCAACCAAGAGUUUUCAUUUUGACCCCAUAAGAGGAGACCAGGACUUCAGAUCUUAUAGUACUUAAAUGCAGGACUUGGUUCAGGACCAUCUGUGUGUAACUAUGACACAGGUGAGGGGACAGGUGGACAUGGAGGAGACCGAAGAGUCCGUCAUAAAUGUAAAGGAAAAAAAACACAGUUUUUGUCUGUUUUUAUUUGAAGACCUGGUUCGAUGAACUUCAACAUGUUUGUCUCUGAUCUCAGGCAGAAGAAGGAAAAUCAGGUUUUCAGCUAAACAGGGCCGGAUCUAGAGGGGCAGCCAGGGGUGACGCGGGCCCCCUUUAAAAUCUUUAUAUCGUUACUUAUACAACCAGAGUCACUGACCGCUGUCUUUUCAGUUUAUUAUUGAAACUCUGCAAACACAGAGAUAUGGAUAUAUUACCAAAUGUCAUCACUGACAUUCAGCUGCAGACGUCUGUCGUUGUUUUGGUUGAAUGUAUAUUUUUAUUAUGAUCGUUUCUGUCAUAUUUACAGACGGUCUGAGCUGGUCUGGUUUUCUCUCUUUCAUCAGGACAGGUUUAGAUUCUGGGUCAGACUGUGUCUCUCUGCUGAGAUGGAUUAUUUCCUCCACAUUAAAGCUCCAUGUGGGUGACCCCGAACACCAGACUGCCGUCUCAGCAGAGUCGCACUCCUUCGUUUUUUCAUCCUGCUGACUUGUGCUAAAAAUCUCAGAAUGGGGUCGCUCCAGAAAGUAAAGGGGCGUGGUUAUCCUGCCGCCAUGUUCCCCCUGAGCGAGCAUCUUGGGAUGGCGAGGACGUUUCAGGACAAUAAUGUAAAUACUUUUAUUUAUUUUGGGGCUUUACGCUCAGACAGAGGCUGAAUAUUGAUCGAUCAUUUGAAUAUUGGUGUGAAUAUCAUCUGUGUCAGAACUCUGGAGCGUGUUUCCUGGUCUGGAGUUGAAGUUUCUCCUCUCACCUCCUCUAGUCUUCCACUGAAAUGCAGUUUCUUUGAGCUGCACCUCCUCUUCUCCUCACAGGGUCUUUGUUUGUCCAUAAUUCAACAAACUGAAGGACAAAAAAACUCUUGUGUUGAUCAAAUAAAAAAAUCUCACAAAUAAAA